GUCAGUCUCCGGGCGACAGAAUCUGAAGCGUUCCGCUGGUGUCGCGAUGGGACACAGGGCGACGGGAUCCUAGACGCGGUGUACUAUAAUGGGCUGUGUACACUGCAAGGAUAAGGACAAGCUGACCCCAGCUGAUAGCGUCGUGCCUCCGAGCGCCUCCUACGGUUAUGGAGCACAGCCUGCUUAUGGGGCGGAGCCUAGCGCCUACCCCAGCAACAGGGGUGGAGCCAUCCCCAACUACAACUACCACCCCCCGAUCGGGCAGGUCUUUGGAGGGCCCACCACCUCCAUGCACACAGGCACCCUGUCCAGAGGAAGCUCAGGAGUGACGCUCUUCGUGGCGUUGUACGACUACAGCUCCCGCACAGAAGACGACCUGAGCUUCAAGAAAGGAGAGAAGUUCCAGAUCACCAACAGCACUGAGGGCGAUUGGUGGGAGGCUCGCUCUCUCUCUACCGGGAACAGCGGCUACAUCCCCAGUAACUACGUCGCCCCCGUCAACUCCAUACAGGCAGAGGAUUGGUACUUCGGGAAGCUGAGCAGGAAGGAGGCUGAGAGGCAGCUGCUGUCCACCGGGAACCUCAGAGGAACCUACCUGAUCAGGGAGAGUGAGACCAGCCCGGGUACGUACUCCCUGUCCAUCAGGGACUCUGAUGACGUCAAAGGCGACCACGUGAAGCACUAUAAGAUCCGCCAGCUGGACAGCGGGGGGUACUACAUCACUACGCGCGCACAGUUCCACACGCUGCAACAGCUGGUGCUGCACUACUCAGAGCGUGCGGCCGGUCUGUGUUACCGCCUGGUGGUCCCGAGCUACAGAGGGACCCCCCGGCUCAGCGACCUGUCGGUGAAGACGCGGGACCUGUGGGAGAUCCCGCGGCCCUCGCUGCUGCUGCUCCGUCGCCUGGGCAACGGGCAGUUUGGGGAGGUCUGGAUGGAGAGUGCAGAUGGGUUGUGUUAUAUUCUGACCCGUGUGUGUGUGACUGGGACGCCGGGCACUCUGGGUUUGACUCAUGACGCCUGGGAGGUGAGCCGGACCUCGCUGGAGCUGGAGGUCAAACUAGGGGCGGGCUGUUUCGCUGAUGUCUGGUUUGGCAUGUGGAACGGGACCACCAAGGUGGCGGUGAAGACCCUGAAGCCGGGCACCAUGUCCCCGGAGUCCUUCCUGGAGGAGGCUCAGAUCAUGAAGAAGCUCCGUCACGACAAGCUGGUGCAGCUGUACGCCGUGGUGUCAGAGGAGCCCAUCUACAUCGUCACUGAGUACAUGGGCAACGGAAGUCUGCUGGACUUCUUGAAGGGCGUAGAAGGUCGAGGACUGAAGCUUCCCAACCUGGUGGAUAUGGCUGCUCAGGUGGCGGCGGGCAUGGCCUACAUCGAGAGGAUGAACUACAUCCACCGAGACCUGCGCACCGCCAACAUCCUGGUGGGCGAGGGCCUGGGCUGUAAGAUCGCCGACUUCGGUCUGGCACGACUCAUAGAGGACAACGAGUACACCGCACGCCAAGGAGCCAAGUUCCCCAUCAAGUGGACGGCCCCGGAGGCUGCGCUCUACGGCCGCUUCACCAUCAAGUCCGACGUCUGGUCCUUUGGUGUCCUGCUGACCGAGCUGGUUACCAAGGGCCGGGUACCAUACCCAGGGAUGAACAACCGAGAGGUGUUGGAGCAGGUGGAGAGGGGGUACAGGAUGCCCCUCCCCCAGGACUGCCCCCCCUCCCUGUACGACCUGAUGAUCCUCUGCUGGCGGAGCGAGGCCGAGGACCGGCCGACCUUCGAGUACCUGCAGGCCUUCCUGGAAGACUACUUCACCGCCACCGAGCCCCAGUACCAGCCCGGGGACAACCUGUGAGCCCGUAUACCGGGGCUCACCUGGACCUGGGCUCAGCUAGACCUGGUCUACCUGUUCCGGCCUAGACCCGGUCCACCUGGUCUCUCUUGGACCUGGUGUACCUGGUCUCACUUGGACCUGGUGUACCUGGACUAGGUCUACCUGGUCUACCUUGUCCAGGUCUACCUGGUAUCACCUGAACAUGUGUUAUCUGGUCUCACCUGGUCACUCUUGGACCUGGUCUACCUGGUCUUAUCUGGACCUGGCCUCACAUGGACCUGGUUUACCUGUUUUAACCUGGACCUGGUCUCACCUGGUCUCUCUUAGACCUGGUCUCACCCGGACUGGAGCCCACCUAGGCCACUGGAAGCCCCUGCAGACUCACCAGGGAGAGCCCUCUGGAACCCCCUGAGCAACCGAUGGCUGAGGGGAUGAAGAGUGAUGAAGAGGGCUUAGGGUCUGUUCUGGAGGGUAACACACUGUGUUCCACAGUGCGUUCACACUGUACACGUCCGUCGACGGGUAAAGGAGGGCUUGUCUGAAGAAGGGGGGACACGAUUCGAUUGGCCGACGGAUCCGUCGUGCCUGAAAAGUUGGCCUGCGUCAACUUUUUGACGCAGGCCAGGGAGCCGACGGAAAGGAUUGACCCACAGCGCACUUCGAGAGCGCCCCAUGGAAAAUCAAUGAGAUCCGUCGACGGACUUGUACAGUGUGAACGCGGCGUAAUAAGAAGCUCCGGUGAAAGUAAUCUGACACCAACAGCCAUCAUUACUAUAUCAAUAAUGAUGACAGGAUGGACGCGUCAGAAUUCAAGAGAAAUAGUGUGUAUCAGCUUAUAUUGUUUGGCAGAAUUAUUAUAAUUUUUUAUUAUAAACAAGAAUUCAGUGACUAAUUUAUAGGAAUUAUUAUCCAAUGUGCACGCUGGCCACCGUACUUAGCUAUCCAGCGAAGCUAGCUUACAGACCUAGCUAGCCAGCAAACCUAGCCCAUGCACAUGGCGAGUCGACGUACAAAAGUAGCCAAGGUAAGUAGCUUGCCAAAGUACGGAGCUAGCCAAAAAAGAUGCUACAGAGCUAUCCGAGGUACAUAGCUCGCUGGCUUGAGUAGCGAGCCAGCGAGCGUUGGCUGUGUCCCUAGCCAUGUAACAAAAGUAUGUUUAGUUCCACUAUUGAUCGAUGAAACAGCUCAGGGGAAUGGUAUCGGUUUUGUUUUAGCCUGUUGCUACAGGGAGUUAUGGGCAGCACAUCCAUCCUUUGUAUUUAGAUUCCGUAUGUAUUCCCGGGGAACGUCCGCAGGAGGAGAACCACGGCCCAACCUUAACGGCAGGUUCCUCCAUCGUUGGCAGAGGCCGCGUCCUGAUUGGCCAGGUAGAAACGGAAGGUUUUAGAAUCUCCGGAUGGCUCUAGGGGGUUCUUUGUGUAUUUAGAUGUACAGGUACAAGAUUUUAUGUGUCAAUACUAUACUUUGUUUAUUACUUCUUCUUUUUUUUUUUAACAUUGACUGUUUUCUUGAUCAGGAUAAAAGCAAACAAUAAACAUUUUACACCGUUCAAGAUGUCCAAGUGUGGUGUGUGUGUGUGUGUGUG